AUGAACAAGACAGAGAGACAAAAAAAAAAAAAACAAAAACAAACGAUGGCCCAACUCGAAACGUACAAGGGGUAUUACCUCUGGAAGUACGUCCCCUCGCAAGCCGGCGCGGUGAUCUUCCUCCUCCUCUUCCUCACCGCAACUGCCUACCACACCUGGAGGAUCUGGAAGCAUAAAACCUACUUUUGCAUCUGCUUCGCCAUUGGCGGAUUCUUCGAAUUCAUCGGCUACUGCGCGCGCGCCUCCGCCCACAGCAAAACAGGCCGCAUGAUGCCCUUUUGCAUCCAAAACGUCUACAUCCUCCUGGGCCCCGCCCUCUUCGCCGCCUCCAUCUACAUGAUCCUCGGCCGGCUCAUUGUCGCCGCACGCGCCGAGAACCACUCCCUCAUCCCGGCCCGCUGGCUAACAAAGAUCUUCGUCCUCGGGGACAUCCUGUCGUUUCUGAUCCAGGGCGGCGCCGCGGGGAUGAUGGUCUCGAGCGACCUCGCGAGUCUAGGGAAUAAGCUCGUGGUGAUCGGCCUCGUUGUGCAGGUAGUCAUGUUUGGCGUUUUUAUCAUUACGGCGGUUGUGGUGCAUGUGAGGAUGUGGCGGCGGUCUCAGGGUGGCUUUGCCGGGGAGGCAUUUGGUGGUGAUGGUGGUGGUGGUGGGUUGAGCUGGGUAUCACGGCAUCUCGUGACGCUGUACCUCGUCAGCGGGCUGAUUAUGGUUCGCUCGGUCUUUCGCGUUGCCGAGUUUGUUAUGGGCGAUGAUGGGUAUCUGCUUACGCAUGAGUGGACGCUGUAUGUGUUUGAUGCGGCGCUCAUGUGGCUGGUCAUGGUGGUCUUUGGGGUGCGGUAUCCUGGCGAUAUCUCGAUGUAUUCGCGCGUCUCAGAGGAUAGGGUUAAGCUUACAGGGAUGGGGGCAUGA